AUGUCAGACACUCUUUCCGACGCAGACAAGUCCCCAGUGGACGGCAACUCAGAAUCGGGGCAGAGCUCAGCUAACACAUCUCCAUCACAUUCACCACUGUCUGCUCAGCCACCGAGCCGUCUCUUCAAUGCGCCACCAACCCCGCAGCAGUCAGAAGGGAAACGGAUAAAGAUCACACCAGCCACGGCCACACCAGAGCGACCACGAUCCGCCGCUCCGUCAGCUCCGAGCACUCCUCCACCACAGAAGAUUGAAAGCAUUGAGGCCUUCGAAGACCGGACACUGAGUGCUGUGUUCAGAGUGACCCUCAAGGAAGAAGGACAACGUGAUAUUCAUGGAACGCGCACAUACUUGCCCGGACUUCGGAGUGAACUACAGGAUGAGGGCAAGGAGCUGCGCAUCCAGGUUGCGGUUUUAGACCAAGCCCUCCUAGAGGCUGCGUCAAACACCGAGAGACAGCGUCCUCUUGAUUAUCUACUGCCAUGCUGGAAGCGCAUUACAAAGGUGUACAAAGGAUUGAGGCGGACAGGAGAUAAUGACCCAAAGUAUCAAGUUCUGUGUGAGGCACGCCGCCUGUGCAUGAGCUAUUGUAUCUUUGCGAUUACAAUGCCAGAGAUGUUUGGGAGCGAAUGGUCCCCGCAAUCAUCAUUAGCCUCGUACCUUCUCAUCGACCCUGAGGACGAUAAAGGAAUUGAUUUUGAGUUUAUUAACGAGGCCGUCCGGAGAUUCGACGAAGACGAUUCUGUCAAGCCUGCCUUCAUAUCUGCCGUCGAGCAGUUGAGCGCGCAGCUUUCUUCUAUGGACAUUAAUGAUGACUACAAGCCUUACGCCAUCGCUCUUCGAAAUCUUGUUCGCAACGGUUCCGUUGCGGCUGCAAUCACGGAAUCUUCCAUUUUCAAUAACUCCAAGGAUCCUGCCCAAUUCGAGAAAGCCACUCUUUUGGGUCCAUGGUUCCGCCUCUCACCUCUCCAGGCUAACAUCACCUUGUCUUAUUUCUCUAGCCCCAAGACCAGGGACCAGGCAUACAUUUCCAAUGCCCAGCGAUCUCUUCGAAUGACACAGCAGAUGCUUAGCGCUGAUCUCCUUGAUGUUGUCAACCACCUGAUCCGGGCCUCAAAAGAGGCUCGGGAUCGUGUUUUGGAUUGGUUCGCUACUGCCAUGAACAUCAAUCACAAACGACGGGCGAUGCAGGUCGAUCCCGAGCAAGUAUCGUCUGACGGCUUCAUGUUCAAUAUCACAACCUGCCUCGACCAGCUCUGUGAGCCGUUCAUGGAUGCAGCAUUCACCAAGAUCGACAGAAUUGAUGCAGAUUAUCUCCAUCGCAAUUCUCGCGUUGACAUGCGGGAUGAGACCAAAAUCAAUGCCGAUCAGCACGCUUCCGACGCUUUCUACUCUAAGAAGGCUGAAGGAACCUCAAACUUUAUCACAGAGAUCUUUUUCCUGACUAUCGCCGCACACCACUAUGGCAGCGAAUCGUUGACGUCAAAGAUGGAGCAACUUGAGAAAGAUGUGCGACAGAUGGAGAGUACAAUCACUAAAUUCGAGCUUGAGCGGGUUCGCUGGCUCAACAAUCCGGUGCAAUUGCGCACUUUUGAUACGGCUCUGAAGAAGUACAAAGACAAGCUCGACCUGGGCAUUGCUCUGAAAUACAGUCUCCAGGGUGUGUUGUUCGAUGAGCACUGGCAGGCUCGUUCCAUGCUAUUUAUGCGAUAUGUUACCGUGUGGCUUCUGAGACUUGUCUCGGGAAAGAACUUCCCCAAGGAGCAGCUUACCCUUCCUCUUCCAGAGGAGCAGCCUGAAGUCUUCAAAUGUCUUCCAGAGUACUUCUUGGAGGACGUUGUCAGCAACUUCAAGUUUAUCAUGUGGUGCAUGCCACAGAUCAUUACCGCUACCCAGGGAGAUGAGUUGGUAAUGCUGUGCAUCACAUUCCUGGAGAGCUCCGCCUAUAUUAAGAAUCCCUACCUGAAAGCCGGACUGGUCUCCAUUCUGUUCCGAGGCACCUGGAAACGCCCUGGUGGCGCCAGUGGUGUUUUGGUCGAUCUUCUCCACUCAAUGCCAUUUGCCAACGAGCAUCUCCUCCAUGCGAUCAUGAAAUUCUACAUUGAGGCAGAGUUUACGGGAACACAUUCUCAAUUCUAUGACAAGUUCAACAUCCGUUACGAGAUCUUCGAGAUCAUCAAGUGCAUCUGGCCUAACACUCUGUAUCGCGAGAAGUUGUCUCUCCAAGCCAACCAGAAUCUGGAUUUCUUCGUCCGAUUCGUCAACCUACUGUUGAACGAUGUGACUUACGUACUCGAUGAAUCCUUCGGUGCUUUCAAGACCAUCCAUAACACCCAGACCGAGCUGAAUACACAGGGUGCCUCAAUGGAUGCCGCAACCCGUCAGCAGCGGGAAGAGCACCUGGCAUCGGCACAGCGCAGCGCCAAAAGCUACAUGCAAUUGACCAACCAAACGGUGGCGAUGCUCAAGCUAUUCACUGAUGCGCUUGCUGACUCGUUCACAAUGCCUGAAAUUGUGCAGCGACUCGCAGACAUGCUUGACUACAACCUUGAUGCAAUGGUUGGACCCAAGAGUUCCAACCUCCGAGUGGAUAACCUGCAGGAAUAUGGCUUCAAUCCCCGCGCUCUUCUAAGUGAGAUUGUCGACGUCUAUCUUAACCUGAUCGGCAAGGAAAACUUCAUCUUGGCUGUUGCCCGUGAUGGCCGAUCGUACAAGCCAGCCAAUUUCGAGAAGGCGGCUGACAUCAUCCGAAAGUGGUCAUUGAAAUCCCCUGAACAGCUCCGUCGCUGGAGUCAGCUACAGAAGAAAGUCCAGGCUGCCAAGGAGGCCGAUGAACAAGCAGAGGAAGACAUGGGCGAGAUUCCUGACGAGUUCCUCGAUCCUCUUAUGUAUUCACUCAUGGAUGAUCCAGUCAUCCUUCCCGGUUCGCGGAUCUCCAUCGACCGCGCCACAAUUCGCUCGCAUCUCCUUAGUGAUCCCCAUGAUCCAUUCAACCGUGUCCCAUUGAAAAUAGAAGAUGUAGUGCCUGACACUGAACUUAAAGCCAAGAUCGAGGCAUUCAAGACCGAGAAAUUGGCUGGCAAACGGAGAGAAAUGUUCACAGUAAUUCAAUGGAUUUUAUCCUGGCACCCAGCAGGCAAAACCUCCUCGCAGUCCAUUUUCAAUAUCCCGGGACGUAUCGCCUGGUCUACUAUGGAGCUUGUCGGCCCUAUCAACUUGAUAUACAGCAUGGUCACCCCAUUGCCGUAUGCACCCUCGUUCACUGAUCUCCCCAUGUCCAACAUCCUUGUUGUAACUCUGUACUGCACCCACUACCUCAAUCGUGCUAUCAUUUCCCCUUUCUUCUCCGCUCCCAGCAUGUCCCCAAUCCACGUCACCAUCAUGUCCUUCGCCAUGCUCUUCAAUUGGUUUAAUUCAGCCUGUCUGGCCGGCUGGUUGCGCGGAUAUACUGUACCGACUAUCCCAAGCUUCCAUACAGCCACCAGCGAAACUCCAUCUCCCCGCUCUGCUGUGGUAGAUCUCCUCCCCACCGUGGGCUUAGUCUUAUUCGCCAUGGGAAUGACUGGCAACAUCUACUCAGAGACAACACUAUUCCGACUUCGGCGUGAAGAAGCUGAAAGGCGCGCUGCCAAGAAGACAGAUGAAACCCCAGCGGGAGGCCAAGCACAGGGCAGCCGUAACAAGUUCCACAAGGUCUACGUCAUCCCACCUGCCAGUGGGGUCUUCCGAUACAUAUUGUAUCCGCACUACGUCUUCGAAUGGCUGGAGUGGAUUGGCUUUGCUCUCGUCGGUACGGCGGUCGCCCCAUUCUCCGCCCUUCCUGCCUCUGCGUCUGCAUCAUCCGUGGCGAUCACUCCCCCGCUGCGUCUUGCACCUUGGUUGGUACCUGCUGCGUGGGCAGCUGACCAGCUCGCCGUCCCGCUGCCUUUGCCUGCUGUGAUAUUCGUUGUAAAUGCGAUCACGAAUAUGUUGCCCCAUGCGCGCUGGGGACGGAAGUGGUAUGUUGAGAAGUUUGGGGAGAAGGCUGUUGCUGGGAGGGGUGCUGUUGUCCCUGGAUGUGCAUGGAUGUGA